AAUUGUUACGUUGCCGUGCCACAGAUCGGUCGCAAUCCGGUGUAAUAAAGACGAACGUGCAAAGUAUUCCACACAAAAUUAUAUUACAAAAACAGCAGUCACUGCUACGAGCUUAAGUGUUUGUUGUAGUUUUACAUAAUCCACAUUAUACGUUUAGGCCUGCAGCGCUACAGGUGCAAACCUAAGCCAAUAUCAGUGAAUAAUACUUGAGCAAAAGUACGGAAAAUAGAAACUGUUAAGCAAAGAUUUUCACAAUCGAAAAUUUUCAAGUGACUUUCUAUUGACAAGGCACAGCGCUACUAAAGAGACUACCAGACUAAAUUAAUUACAUAUUAUUCUACUUAAAUAUAGAUAAAUCUAUGCGCAAACAUCACGCCAAUACGCGUACGCAUUUGAAAAAUAUAUAAAUAGGUAGUGCUGAAGUGCUUGUGCUGCCAACGAACAGUCGGCGUUCCAGCGAAGGCGGCGGCAGCGACCAAAGUUGUCCGGAAGUCGAGGUGUCCGGUAACGGUAACCGGUUCCGAUCGUCAUUUUUCCCGUUCCUUUUCCUGUUCCGCCAGUGUGCCAAAGUAAGGCACCAUCUAGCCUGCCCGCGCGCCACCAGAGGCCAGCGCGUACAUACACAUGUACGUUUGUGUGUAGCAUUUGAAAGCGCUCACCUAUACAUAAACACUUAAUAUAUAUAUUACAAAUACUAAGGCAUUGCCACAUAUAAAUAAAUUCACAUUCAGUGAAUGCGCGUUGUUACAUUUGAAAUAAAUUAUAUUGAAGGAGUGUCGGUUACGGCAAUUCACAUCUUUUGCUGACCGCCCAACAAACAUUUGCGAGCGCGCAUUGUUCCAGCGCAAGUUUCACGUGGGCAUUAGAAAAACUUUUGUGUGACGACAGCGGCUGCAGCAACAACAAAGCGCUCGUCGACCAAAUUGUUGGUCUCCGGUGUUAUUACCUUCCGGUGUGACCGACAAAAUUACACAUACAAAUAUAAAUAUUUGAAGGAUUCGGUUGCGGUUUGACGUGAGCACAUGAUUUCACAUACUAAUUUUGCCAUUUUAUUGCUCACAAGUGUAUAAACUUGAACGCUGUUAAAUCUUUUUUCAGCUAUAAACCGAUUUGUUCCUUCGAAUUCUCGCAACUUUUAUGGCUAUUUUAAAUUUGUGAAUAUUUAUGUCGAACAAAAUUGGAUUUAUACCAAUUAAAUUGUGCUAUUCGCUUUUAGUAACUGUAGAAAAAUUAUAAACUUAAUCUUGUUUAGUGCAACUCUUUGUGCAAAGUGAACUGUAAAUCAUUGUCAGUGCAUUGCGUGUUGUUUAGUGCAACUGCGCACAUUUGCCGUCGGCAGUGUGCUGGAUAACGCAAAAAUUGCCGCCGCCCAUUUGUGUCCUGGUGCCAUGAUGCUUGACAUUAAAACAUCAGCUGAUUAUUUGUCACGUUCGACGGGAAGUUUUAGCAAUUUUUCAAUGUUAUUCGCAGAUUCUUCGUACAAAUCCUCUUGGGGAUCGCAUGGUUCUACGCAGUCGCAAGGCUACAGCUCAAAUGCGCUAGGCAGCGUUGGCGUGAGCGUUGGCAAGUCAUCGCUUGAUCCGCAUUCGCAUCUCAGACAGCCUGAUCCAUAUCAAAUGUUUGGGCCUACCAGCAGUCGACUAGCCAGCUCUGGUUCAGGACAAAUACAGUUAUGGCAAUUUCUUCUAGAACUACUAUCCGACUCUGGCAAUGCGGCUUGCAUUACCUGGGAAGGCACAAAUGGUGAAUUCAAAUUAACCGAUCCCGAUGAGGUGGCCAGACGUUGGGGUGAACGCAAAUCAAAACCGAAUAUGAAUUAUGAUAAGCUGAGUCGUGCGUUAAGAUAUUACUACGACAAGAACAUUAUGACCAAAGUGCAUGGCAAACGUUAUGCGUACAAGUUUGACUUUCAAGGUUUGGCCGCCGCCACACAACCCGCCGCUAGCGAUCCCACCUACAAGUACCAGAGCGACUUGUUUAUGACACCAUAUCAUCAUAGCGCUAAACUGAGCUCAUUUAUGAGUCCGCAUCAUGGUAUGACAUCGUCAUCAGCAUCGAUAUUUCCAUCGGCCGCUUCGUGGGGCAAUUGGGGCAACCCGGCCACAAAUCUCUAUCAGCCACACUCGAUGGGCCAUGUGACGCCGUCGCAUGUUGCGCCUCAUCUCAGCUCCUAUCCGCAUUAUGCAUGACCAUCAUCGUCCGGCGGUGGCUUCUAAUAUGAGAGCAACGCCAUCGUCAGCGGCAGCAGCGCCCAUGCUGCCCAUGCCGCGCAUGCAGCUGCCGCAGCCAGCAGUGUUGGGUCAAUGAGUGGUGGAGGUGGUGGAGGCGUUAGCGUCGGCAUUAGCAGCGGCAGUGGUAGCGGCAGCAGUAGUAGCAGCGCGGCUGCCAUCAAUGCCGCUGCCACAUUGCAUUGUCUCACCUCGGUGGGCAGCAGUCAUAGCAGUGGCGGCAGCGGUAGCAUUAAUGGCAGUGGUGGUGGUGGUGCCGGUGGCGUUGGCAUUGGCAGCAGCGGUGGUGGCAGUAGUCUGGGUGGUGGCGGUGGCGUACAUGCAAGUUUAGGACUCACGGCGAUGGGUAUGGCAGCGGGCUGCGGCGGCGGUGGCGGUGGAUUGAGUGCAUUCGGUAGUGGUGCUGGCAGUUUAGCGGCGUUCAGUGGCGGUGGCGGCAGUAGCAGCAGUUCCAGUGGUAGUGGCGCAAAUCAUCAUCAUCAUCAUCACAAUGGUGUGGUUGGUGGCGGCGGUAAUAAUUUGAAUAUAGCAACUGCAACCCUAACGGCUGCUCCAACGCAUAGCGUCGGCGCGAGCAGUGGCUUCGGCAGUUUGGGCGGCCUCAGUGUGGGUGUUGGUGUCGGUAUGGGAAUGGGUAUGGGCGGUGGCAACCUCAACUCGCUUGUUGUUGGUAAUCGAUUAAUGAACACAGGCUUACCAACGAUAUUGAAAUGAUGCCAUUUCAAUGCGGAAAGUUUUGCAUAACGAUGCGGCGAGCAGCGCGCACAACCUGCCUGGAGUCGUACCUACGAAUGUGCGCAACAACAAUGCAUAUGCUCUUAUACCGACCAGUAGGAAUUGGAAGAAACAAUGGCAAGUAAGCCACUGCUAACCGACCAGCAACCCCAAUUCACUUACUCUAUGUACAUGCUUAAGUUUAUAGUACAUAUGUAUGUGGGUAUAACUAUAUUUAAUAUUUAUAAAUCACAAACUGAGACCCAAUACCCUUACACCAUUUUACAUUCAUUUUGAGUACAAAACAAAAAUCGUUCAUGCUUAGAUUAGCGGAUAAGGAAAUAUGUAAAAUACGAGCAUUGAAAGUAUUAUCGUUAAGAAUAAGAAGAAGAAGAAUAAGGUAAAAAGAAGAAGCAACAGUCGUUAAUAGUCUUUGAUGUAUAAAUGUUGCCACACAUGCGAGCAAAAAUAUGUAAUCAAAUUAAUUUUGUUGCAAAAAACUUUGUUUUUUAAACUUCACUCUUUUCUCGCUAUGUUAUGCUCCUCUAGCGUGCCUCUCAUUGAAAUGCUUAACAAUUUAAAAGCAAGAGGUUAUUAAUAUUUUCGGCAAUCUUUAGCUUUGGUGCAUAUACAUAUUUUCAAAAACGCUUAGCAUCAAUCACAGCAAUUUGUAAAUUGUUUUCUAUGAAAGUUACUCUAGAGAAUGUUAAUUCAUUGAAAUUGUAAAUUUGACAUAUAUUUUCAAUAAAUAUAUGUAUGUAUGCUUCGUGUAUUUUCAGCAAUAUUAAAUUCAUUAAACGAAAUUUAUCAGCACAAUUUCUCGUGUGCUAUUUUAUUAAUGAAGAAUAGUUAAAAAAUAGCUUUAAGAAGAUUUUAGCGCAAAAGACGCUUUUUAAAGAUAAACUCUCUUGCCCAUAGCUAAUUUUAAGUUUAAAAUUAACGGAAAAAUUAAUAAUAAUUACAAAGUGUAUAUAUGUAUGUAACGAGAAAAAUAUUUACGUUAAGUUGAAGUUAGUUUUUAUUUGUUAUUUUUGUGAUUUCAUUAUGUUGUUUCAAUUAAAAAAAUUUUUUUUCGACUUUUUCGUUUUAAUGUUUGAGAAAAAAUGUUUCAAAAAUAACCAAAAUGAGAACUCGUCAUAUAUGUAUAUACUUGUGUUUGAGUAUAGCGACCUCUUUCAAAACAAGGCCUUUAAUUUUAAAAUUUUCUACUCGAUAGCAAAAUGUCUGCAAAACACUUGACAUUGCAUUAAGACCUCUAUGUUCGACCUCUGUUCGUUUGCCAACAAAAUCAAAAACAAAGACAACUAGUUAAACUUAAUUAAACAUAGUUAGUUAUAAACUCUUUCUUACUUUCUCUAUUAUUUUUUCAUGCUAUUCGAUAUUAUACUAGUUGUUUGUUCUAUUCGUCAUUUACUAAAGCUGUGCAAAGUUAUGAAAGUAAAUUUCACUUUCGCAAGUCCCUUGCUCAAAUUAUAUGUGCCAUCACUAAUUUCUAUUACUAGUUUCUCUAGGUUUGAUAAUAAUCGUCAUGGAGAUCAUCUCGACAUAUUGGAAAAGCAUUUUUUGUUGUGAGCUCUCUCGUAGCUGCAUUUAAUGGUUAAAAGUCAAUUAAAUAAAAACUAAGUUUUGCCAAAAGUUCUGUUACAAGUUCGGGCCGUUAUAAAAAUAAAACUUAAAUUAGCGAUGUUUAAAAUUAUAUUCGAAAUGGUCACCUCUUGCUUUCAUAUAAGCCCUCAAACGAUUCGGCCAUUGAUAAUGGCAGUAUACACAGUUUCUGUUGACGACGCUACUCGAACAAAAUAUUUUUGAGACUCUGUGGGGUUUUUCUACAAACUAUAGUCCUUUGAAUUCAUAUCUGAACAUCCAGACGGCCAUUCAUUUGCAGCUAUGAAACCAAGAAUAAAUAUUGCUUUUAAGUCACUGAUGGGUGGUUCUUACCCUGUGUGCUGGAACCAAAUGUUGCUGGAGGAUCUAAUGUUAUCUAUGGGAGAGAGUAUUGCUUAACUGCCUUACCGCGCCUUCUAAAACAUCCUGCUAGUUCACUUUGCCCCAAUUAAAAUCCCUUUUUACAGAAGUGAAGAAGUGUAACGCCUUUAUAGUAGACUCCCUACCCAACCAUUACUGUAGCUGGAUGGUGACCACGCUGAACCGUUGGAGUAACAAUUUUCGUAGAUUUUUUGGAUUUCUUUAUUAAAAACUACUUCAACCGUGAACAUAUUUUGAACUGUACAGAAGAUAUUUGACCAUGUGCGAUUGGAGAAGCUUCUUACAUCUGUUGAGUCAAAUUUGUUUCAAGCGCGUUUUCAGAAGGUGGCCAGUUGACUGACGAAAGGCUUUUAUAACGGCAGGCUUUCAAGUGGAGAUCAUCUCAAAUAAAUCGGAAAACAAAACUUCUCGAGAUAUUACGUUUUUUGAGAAGCUCAUAAAUAUCACUUGCACUUUUUCCACACGUAUUGUGAAACAAUCACUGCAAUACGAUUUUCGUUAGCUCCUCACAUCGUUGUUAAUAAGCGAAAGCAAACAUUGAACUGAUUAUUAUAUAUGAGUAGACAUUGCAUAGAAAUUACAAAAAAGAUAACGGCACUUUUUUCUGGGGACUUGACCUCGCAUGCAUACAUUGUAAACUUAGUAACAGAAGUUAUGGCAAGACAAAAUAUGUAGUUUUAAAUAUGCUACUUUUCAGCUCGAAACUGGUCAGAUUACAGACAGCUUAAACUAAACCAAUGUUAACCAAGCCAUUUAUUUCAAAACUCCCUGAUAUAUGAAAAGCUGAAGGUUCGAAUGAAAAUAUGAAAACUAGAAUUACAUUUCAUUAUACCCAACUGAAGUGCACGAAAUUUUUGUGGUAGUGAUGGAACCAAUUUAAUUCCGAUGAGUUGAAUAAUAACCACAAAUGUUGAAGGUAAAGUUAUGUUAUGAUAAAAUUAUUGAAGAGUUAACGAUUCGUUAAUUUUCAUAACACAAAAGAGUUUGAGAUUUUAUUGUCAUCAACAAUAUUUGAGGUUUCUCAUACAAUUUUGAAGAAGAAAGAGUCUGGGUUCGAUUAUCACCACGAUUAUAUAUAAUUUCAGAUUAUUCAGAUUGUAAAAAUUUGUGAUUUUAUAAAUUUUAAAAAUAACCUUUCUCAAACCAAAGCGAUUAUUUUCAUUUAACAAAUUUUAACGACUUCUUUUUCAAAAAUCUUAUUAUUAUGUAUCUUAUUACAAAUGUGUGCUUGUGUAUAGAUAUUAAAUAAAAAUAUGUGUGUAUACAGUAUUUCAUGUUUGUCUUAAAAUGGUGGACUGUGAUAGAUGAAUAUGUACAGUUUAAAUAUAAAUAAGUUAAAACAAAAGAUAUUUUAUUGAUUUUAACAAACGAAAAUGAGCAAAUAAGUGAAACCAAAUACCAAAAAAAAAAAUAUUAAUAAAUAAAAA